AUGUCGGACGAAAAGCAACAAGACGUGAUUGCGCCGGCUCAGAGCAGCACGGAAAGCAUCGACAUCGGAAAAGUCGACCUUGAGAAUGACGGCGAGGUGUUCAAAAGAGGAGAGGGCAUCGAAGACUUUCGAACUGUGUCAUGGGUUCACACGUCAAUGAUCUUUCUAAAGGUCAUCUUCGCAACUGGGGUCUUAACCAUACCGUCCGCCAUGUACACACUCGGUGCUUUUCCUGGCGCCAUCAACGUCCUCGGAUGGCAAGCCCUAAACACCUGUAUCGCUGACAUGGGCCAGUUAGUAGGCGGACGAGUCGUGAAGGAGAUCAGCGGUAUGCUGUUCCUGGUCGCAUUCAUCAUUGUUGCCGCGUCUGGAAUGGUAGGAGUGUCUACCGCUCUCAACGCCCUCUCAAACCAUUCGUUGUGUACGAACUACUUCUCCAUCGUCGCAGCCAUCAUGAUCGCUGUGUGCGCGAGUGUACGUAAGUUUGAGAAGAUCGCAUGGAUUACAUGGGCCGGAUUUGCUUCCGUUUUUAUUGCCGUUUUCAUCGUUGUUGUUGGAGUGACCACCCGCGAUCGCCCUGCGGCAGCUCCCCAAUCUGGACCUUACGAGUUCGGCUACCACGUUAUUGCUCACCCAACUUUCGCUGCUGGCAUAACUGCGGCCUCUACCAUCUUCUGCUCUGGUGCAGGAACAUCGGCCUUCCUACCAGUUAUGUCAGAGAUGAGGAACCCCAGAGAGUACAGCAAAGCCGUCAACUGGUGCAUGGGCAUCGUGACCGCCGCUUACCUGUCAUUCAGCUUGGUGGUGUAUAAGUGGUGCGGCAAAUGGGUUGCGUCGCCUUCGCUAGGCAGUGCCGGACCAAUGGUCAAGAAGAUCGCAUAUGGCAUCGGGUUGAUUGGACUCUGCGUCAGCGGUGCACUAUAUGUGCAUGUGAGCGCAAAAUACGUCUUCGUCCGAAUUCUACGAAACUCGAAGCACCUUCAAGCAAACUCUGCUGUGCACUGGGGCACAUGGUUCGGAUGUGUCGCUGCUAUGUCCAUAACCAGCUUCUUGAUCGCAUCUGGAGUACCCAUCUUCAAUUAUCUCCUGAGUCUUGCGGGAAGCGUUGCAUUUGCGCCUCUGGCGUUGGGUCUACCGGGCUGGCUCUGGAUUUAUGACCAUGCCGACUACUGGAAGGGCACACUGUGGCAGAAGACGAUGUACAUGCUGCACGUUGUCCUUAUUUUCAUCUCGGCUUUCUUGACUAUUGGCGGAACCUACGGAGUAAUUGUUCAGAUUCUUAACGCCUACAAGGACGGACUCAUUGAUUCUGCGUUCUCGUGUGCGGACAAUAGCAACUCUUCGUAG